ACUGCUGUGUUCAGUCCCACAGUGUCCCGUCGGAGGACAACCAUCAGUCUGAACUCGGGAGGGGGAAGCGCUAGGCUGUGCAAACUCCCAGGAUUUACACUCUGCCAUUUUGAUCAGGACCGGGCCGACGUCGGAGUUCAGACGUGUCCAUCAAAAAACAAACAAAAAAAAAACAAAGCAACAAAAAGUCAUGGCCUGAAUUAGUCACUGCUGCUGCUAAGUUUAGAAGAAGACUUUUGAAUUCGGGGGACAGUUAAUCCAACAAAGGAGGAGCUGUCGUUUUGAACCGGUCUGCAGACCUCUUUGGCCAUGUGCUCCACAAAUCACUCAAACUGGGUCACGUUUGAAGAUGACAGCACACCGCUAUCGUCACCUCAGAAACCUCUGCAGUCCCCAGGACUCAUCAAAGCAUCAGUGCCGCGUCCCAACGGCCUGAAAUUAGUGCUUCCUCCAAUCAAAGAUACUUCCUGGAGCUUUAGUAGUUCCCUGGAAUCGCCUCAAAGUCACUCAAGUCUUAGCGGAAGUUCCUGUGUACCAUGUAGCACACCGUUUAGCACUCCUGAAGGUGGGGUUCCUAGCAGCGCGUCACCAUUUUACUCCAAAACAUGGGACAAGAAGGACUUCUCAAGGAGUUUUUCCAGCCCAGUUACCACCUCUGUUUUCUCUCCUGCACCACAGGCCCUGAAUCAAACAUCAGAUGGGCCAAGCCCUUUCCCUUCUUUCAAGGGUAAUUCAGGACACUUUAACCCGUUCUGGGAUGGACCUAAACUAAAUACGGAUGCGGGUAGCUCCUCCUCAGACUCUGAAUCGGACAACAGCCUUCCACGUUUUUUUAUACGGACCAAAGAUGGCAGUGAGCCUCAGCGUGACCAGCUUUCCUUCUCUGUUGUUUGCAACAAACUGGAAGGCCUACAUACAAAAACCGACAGCCAGACAGAGACAGACAAAGAAGAGCAGAGGCGGCUAAGUUGCAAAAGUGAGGUGUUAAGUGAAGGUACAUCUCAGUUUGCACCUCGCGGUUUGUUUCGUAGUCAGAAGAGAGACGGUUGGUCUAUCAUGCUCAGGAUUCCUGAAAAAAAGAACCGCAUGUCCUCGCGUCAGUGGGGACCGAUCUAUCUCCGCUUGUUGCCGGGAGGUGUGCUACAGAUGUUCUAUGAGAAAGGGCUUGAGAAGCCAUUCAAAGAAUUUCAGCUUCUCCCUCACUGCAGGCUCUCGGAUCUUAAACUGGAAAGCUACAGCGAGCCCCGCAAAGUCCUCACAGUCAAGGUGGAACAUUUCUCCUACACAGAAAAGAAGCGCUUUCACCCAAAGUUCGAGGUUAGUCACGAAGCUGAGGUAGAGCAGCUCCUCAAGUUUGGCUCCACAGUGCACGAUGAGAUCGAGGACCUGGUGGUCUCCAUGGAGGAGGAGAUCUUCAAACUGAGUGUCCCCCACCAGCAGAGGCGGCACUACGAGGAACAGGAGCUGUCGCUGCAGAUCACCGAUCACAUCUGGAUACAGCUAGAUAAGUGUGGGGGCGUAAUGGAGCAAACAGCCUUCACCCAGAUUCACUGUCUUGCUUUUCUGAACGGACUAGGAGACUGUUUUCUUGCCCUUAAUGACCUCGGGUUGCUGCACUUUGACUCCAGCUAUGGCUCAGAGGAGGGCAGUGAACUCUGGAUGGAGAUUGCAGGCUACCAUUUCCACAAAUGCGUGAACAAGAUGGAGUUUCAGAGGUCGCGACUGAUCAAGUUUUUGCCUCCUGAUGCAUGCAGAGUGGAGCUGAUGCGCUACAAAACAAGGGUCCUUGGUUGCACUGAAAUUCCCUUCUCAAUCAAAGCUACGGUAACGGUUCAAGGUGCCUACGUGGAGCUCCAGGCUUUUCUCAACAUGUCAACCACGUUCCUUUCUUGCAUGAGGGAGUCUGACACUCACUACCCGCUGUGUGAGAAUGUUGUGAUCCGCGUUCCGGUGCCAGGCGACUGGGUCAAAGUGACACAGACGGUGGCCUUACUGCGACAGAGGUCUUUAAAGGCCCGCAUGAACAGAAAUGCCUGCUUGGGCUCAGUCACCGCUGCAGAUUCACAGCCUGUCAUGCAGGUGUCGAUCGGCACCGUCAAGUACGAGAAUGUAUAUUCGGCGAUCGUGUGGAAGAUCGACAGACUGCCUGCAAAGAAUAUGGCCUUGGAUCAUCCCCACUCAUUUUCCUGCAAACUGGAGCUGGGAUCUGAUCAGGAGAUCCCAAAUGACUGGUACCCUUUUGUCACGAUGGAAUGUGAAAUUGUGGGCGCGGUUGUGUCACAGACCAGGGUUAAAUCCUUGGGCACUGUGAAUGACAUCCAGCCGCAGAAACAUGUGACCAGUUGGACGCGCUAUCACUGUCAGGCCAAGCUCUACUUGUCCAUAAUCGAUGACGUGAUUGACAGCGUGAGAGAACUCUUCUUGGAUGAAGGAGUUGAAGACCGCGUCCUGGAUGAUUUAAGACAUCUCUGGGAGUCAAAAGUGAUGCAGUCAAAAGCAAUGGAAGGCUUAAGGAAAAACGCCAACCCAUCCAACUUUGUGCUCCAGCUUCCUGCCAGCUACACUCAGAGUGAUCAAGAGCUCACGGCCUCAGUUGUCAUCCCUGGAAAUCAAAAUAUCCGCAGCUUCCCGGUCAAGAACAAUUCAGAGACACUUGCUACCUUUUCCCUCCCUGCUGGAUUGGCUUACCCCGUGCAGAUACCAGCAGGAGUCACUCUACAAACAGCCUCUGGUCAACUUUACAAGGUCAAUGUUCCUGUUGUGGUUACGCAGGCCCCAGUGGGUCAGCAGCCUGCAACCCAAGCCAUGCAGAAAGUCACUGAAUGGAGGGAGGCUUCUGCCCCCCAGCCCACUGCAAUCCCACCAAAUCCUAUUGCUCCCCACGAGGUAGAAACAUCCUCUGUUCCAGCUCAGUCUGUCACACAGCCAAAGACCAUUUUACCCUCCAGUAAGGAGGGCAGCCUUCCCCUGCAGUCUACAGAGCCAGAUUUCCCACAGGAAGAAAAUGAGCCAAAUCCACAACCCAACCUCAGCACGACCGCCUCACCUUGCACUCAGUUAUUAGACUACCAGAUCAGAAGAGAGGAGGCUCUGGCACAGAUGGCUCAGAGCAGAGACAUUGAUGACAUCCUGAAAGAAGUUAUUGAGGAGGAGAGAGAAAAAGCAGAAUGGGCAAGGAAGCUAGCUCCUGUGGAGUCUGACAGCCAGUCUGAAGCGACUCUUGGGUUGGAUCUGGGCUACAGCCAGUUCUCAGACAUCGUUCAGCUCGAUGGGCCUGCAGGCAACUCUGACCUCGAGGAGGAAGAGGAGGUUCCCCUGGAAGAGAAUGACUUUCUGGGUAUAAUCAAUGCAGAGGCCAUGAAGGCCCUGCAGGAAGGAAAUGAAAGCAGUGAUGGCAACAGCAUCUCCUCCAGCAGCGACGGUGAAGGUGCAGAUGAACUCGCUAACAUAGAGGAGGAGGACCCUCUGAAUUCAGGUGACGAUGUGAUUGAGCAAGACAUCCCCGACCUUUUUGACACUGACAAUGUCAUUGUUUGCCAGUAUGACAAAAUUCACCGCAGUAAGAACCGUUGGAAGUUUCACCUGAAGGACGGAGUGAUGUGCUACGGCGGCAGGGACUACGUGUUUUCGAAAGCAGUUGGGGAAGCAGAGUGGUAAUGAACCUUAGUCCCCCUGAACAGAUCAGGGAAAGAGAAACUAUCAUUUAAAAAUGAAUGAAAAAUUCUUAGUUGUAGUAAUGUGGCUCACAGAGCAGUUUGUGACUACUGUGCCAGAUUGGUGAUAAUCAUCAGAGCAAUGCUACAAGUCACUUAUAUCAUCCAGUUGUAUAAAGCAUUCCUUAUAAAUACUGUUUACUGAGUCAAACAGCAUGGAUUUAUGUUGUAUUGCACUUUGUGAAAAUAUUCUUUACAAGCAGAGUAAACCUUUUAUUUGACCUCCAA